UGUUGUUAUUGUUGUUGUUCCUGUCCAUCCCCCUCCGCGGGAUCAUGACGGGCGCUUCCUCCCUGCGGCUCUGAGGAGGCUUCGGCGGUCCUGCGGCCGGAGCGUCAGCGUCCCGGUGGUGGAAGAAGCGGCUGCUCUCGCGCCUCCGCCGCCGUCCUCUCCUGCCCGUCCUCAUCUGUCUCCUUCCCGGCGUCUCUUCUUCCUCCUCGCUGGUCCUCGGGAGUGUUGUCGCGGCCCGGGCCCGGCCAUGGCGGACUUCGAUGAGAUCUACGAAGAAGAGGAAGACGAGGAGAGGGCCUUGGAGGAGCAGCUGCUGAAGCACUCGCCGGACCCGGUGGUGGUGCGCGGCUCUGGCCAUGUCACUGUGUUUGGCCUAAGCAACAAAUUUGAAGCAGAGUUUCCUUCAUCAUUAACAGGAAAAGUUGCACCUGAGGAGUUUAAAGCCAGCAUCAGCAGAGUGAAUAGCUGUCUUAAGAAGAACCUUCCUGUUAAUGUCCGAUGGCUACUCUGUGGCUGCCUUUGCUGCUGUUGUACUUUAGGUUGUAGUAUGUGGCCAGUUAUUUGCCUCAGUAAAAGAACACGAAGAUCGAUUGAGAAGUUAUUAGAAUGGGAAAACAAUAGGUUAUACCACAAGCUGUGCUUGCAUUGGAGGCUAAGCAAAAGGAAAUGUGAAUCGAAUAACAUGAUGGAAUAUGUCAUUCUUAUAGAAUUUUUACCAAAGACACCAAUUUUCCGACCAGAUUAGCAUUUAUUUUACCUAGAGACUUCCCAAGUAUGUUGUCUUUUUCCAAUGGUGCCUUGCUUGGUGCUCUCCUGGUGGUGAUACAGCGUUGGUUCUACAGAAUCUUGUGGUGUUCUUCAUUCUCUCCCUCCCUCCCUCCCAUCUCUAUCUCUCCCCUUCUUUAUAACAGCAUGUUCAAAGUGCAUUAUGUCAAAUUCUGCAGAAGUCAUUUAAUGCAAAUGUCAGUGUGAUUUAAGUUAUUUGUCUUAUUUUUGUUGUCAAUGAGUCCUGAUUCUCCUCUCUCUCUCCCUCUCUCUCUCUCCCUCCUUCCCUCUCUCUACACACACACAGCUAUAAACAUUCAACCACAAAUAGCUAUAGAUGAAAAAUUAUCUUGAACCCUAAGAUACACAUCUGUAAAUUGUGAAAAUUGGCAAUCACCAACUUAUGCACUUGCAUCUUCUCUGAAUCCCUGCUAUUUUGCCAGUGAUAUAUUUGUAUAUAUCCAUUUUUCUUCUCUACCUUUUUGGAACAUAAAGUCAGUCAUUUGUGAGGAGGCAAGCAGCAUUUCUUGAUAAACUCCUUGAAAUCCAAACAUUGGUUCACCUUGACAUUUUUUCCUAUCCCAUGAAGAAAUCCCAUUGCUAUAAGGAUAUUCAUCCCCAAGAAUCUUGAAAUAAGAUUGCUAUUAUUCUGUUAGAAUAAUUGAUGGUAGAUUUGCAUGUGACCAAUGGAUAAUAUUCUUCAGGAUCAUAAAAAUCACUAGUACUUCACAGAGGGUUGGUGUGUGUACAGCCAUGGUCAACCCUGCUGUGGCUAAGAGAUUGGAGUGGUGGAUGCAACUUGUAACCUGUUCCCAAUCUCUUAAUCAUAGUUUGUUUCUCUAUUUGUUUAUUUACUUUUUAAAAAGACCAAUAUUUUGUUUGGGAGGGAGAGUGUGUUUGCACACACUAAAGUAUGUGUAUGUAUUGUGGCUAAUGCCAUGUAACAGCUUUACUGUUUUUAUUGUUUACCACAUCUAAUAAUUCAAAAGGAUGCAAGAUUGUCAGAAAUAUAUAUGUUAAAUGAAUACUUUUCAAUUUUACAUUUUAAGAGUUACAAGUUUUGGCUCCAGUUAAAGAAAGUUGGCUGUUCUUAAGUCCCAGUAGUAUCAAUGGAUAAGUUAGUGGUGACUAACUUUUAAAAUUCCUAUUAAUUUCAUUGGGAUUUAAGUGCAAUUUAACUUUCUAAUAUUUUAUUUUCCUAUUUUCCUUUUUAGAGGCAGCGCCUUUAUAUCUAAAACAUUGACAACAUUGUGCCAGAAGCUAUGGGCAUGUUAACAAUGCCUUGAUUUUUACAUUUGUUUAUCGGAUGUGGAAAUCAAAUACUGAUUAUUUGGCUGAAUAGCAUACUGAAUAUUUUGGGUAAUAUUUACAGCAUCCCAGCUUCUGUUCUAUUUUUUUGUUUACACAGUUAGCUUUCUGUUUCCUGUUUGUAUAGUUUGCACAAGAAAGCAUUUUUAAACUAUUGAGUAUAUGAUAGUAUGUUUCAGUUAGGCCAGGUUUUAGUUUCUUGGCUGUGCAUAUCGUCAUGUAUUAUGUUUAAUGCCUCCUUAAUGCGGUAAUAUCUGAAAAAGUGUGGUUUUGGGAUGUCAAUGUACAUGAACUAUAACAUAUAUUAAGGGCCUGUUCUUCAUGUAGCAGAGCAAUAAUGUGAAUAGCCAACAAAUGCAACCUGCUUAAUAUUUGUAUUAAUGAAAGUUUACCAACUGCAAGAAUAUCAUUUUCCCUUCAUUUAAAUACAAGUUUCACUUUACCAUCAUUA